UCGUGAAGCCACGCCCACACCGCCUUGACACUUGCUAUGCUGUGAAACUGAUCGCUCUCUGUUAGCGGCGCAUGUGUUUUCAAAUAUUAUUAUGGAGACGUCUCUACAUUUGCGUUGCUUUUGUGAAUCACACUCAUCUGAGCUCUUUAACGAUGACGGCGUGCAAUCGGUGACCUCAAAAGAACAAAAAAAUGUUGAACGCAGUAUUCAAGAGGUAUACAGCGUUUACCAGCAAAUUCACACCUCACCACAGCCUGCUUUGCUGAGGGAACAACACUAUCAUUAUCUGAAGAAAGGUUUGCGACAUCUCUCUGAUGCGUAUGAGUGUUUGGAUGCCAGCCGGCCUUGGCUCUGCUAUUGGAUCCUGCACAGCCUGGAGCUGCUAGAAGAACCCGUGCCGGCAGCAGUUGCUUCAGACGUGUGCCAAUUCCUAGCAAGAUGUCAGAGCCCGACAGGUGGUUUUGGUGGAGGUCCGUGUCAGCAUGCUCACCUUGCACCCACCUAUGCAGCUGUUAAUGCCCUAUGCAUCCUAGGCACACAGGAGGCCUACAACGUCAUCAACAGAGAGAAGCUGCUGGACUUCCUUUACUCUGUGAAACAGCCAGAUGGCUCCUUUGUGAUGCAUGUAGGCGGGGAGGUGGACGUCAGGAGUGCCUACUGUGCGGCUUCUGUGGCUUCGCUCACAAACAUUAUCACCCCUACCCUGUUUGAAGGGACACACCACUGGAUUCUCAGUUGUCAGAACUGGGAAGGCGGUUUGGGUGGAGUCCCAGGACUUGAAGCACAUGGGGGCUACACCUUCUGUGGCACCGCUGCCAUGGUCAUACUAGGCAAAGAGCACAUGCUGGAUCUUAAAGCCUUGUUACGCUGGGUAACCAGCAAGCAGAUGCGUUUUGAAGGCGGAUUUCAGGGCCGGUGUAACAAACUGGUGGAUGGAUGUUAUUCUUUCUGGCAAGCAGGGCUUUUACCAUUACUCCACAGAGCUCUUUUUAAAGAAGGAGACUCAACACUGAGUGCAAGUAGCUGGAUGUUUGAGAGACAGGCCCUGCAGGAAUACAUCCUCCUCUGCUGCCAGAAUCCUGGUGGAGGCCUUCUGGAUAAACCCGGCAAGUCUAGAGAUUUCUACCACACAUGCUACUGUCUUAGUGGACUCUCAAUAGCACAGCAUUUCGGAAACACAGAUCUUCAAAACGAACUGAUCCUCGGUCAAGAAGAAAACCGACUGGCGCCUACUCAUCCAGUUUACAACAUCGGUCCAGAGAAGGUUGCCCGGGCGGUCGAACAUUUCCUUCGUUUACCAGUCCCAGUUUACACAGGAGCUAAGAAGAAUGCUAUGGACCAGUCAUAGUCUUUUCCUUAGUUAAUAAAAAAGGUAAAGAUAUGUUAGGUAUUGAGUUAGAUUGACCAAGACAGAGCAAUCAUAUGUAAAUGCUGUAGGCAAGUGUACUCUACUUGCAUGAACUACAGAUAAACACCAAGGGUCUCAUCUACAUAAGUUUCAGUGGGAUUUAUAGUUUUGUCCUGCAGAAACCGUGGGGACUGAAAUGUCAAUGUGUUUUCAAUGCAGAAGGUUUAUUUGCACAUAUAGUACAGAGUUAUUUUGGCUUUUGGUGUAUGUUUUCUGGAGUGCAUGUGGCAAUAGACCCUUUUACAGCCCACGUCACUGUGACGUCACCGCUCUAGCUGGAGGCAAAAAAUAAGUAGGAACUCAUAGCCGGCGCGCUAAAAGUUUGAGUUUUUGACUUAAAAAUGUCAUCUCGUUGUGUUUUUGGCUGCCAGAUUAGAAGGAACCGCACUUUUGGUUCAAAAAUAAAGUUUUACCGGAUCCCGGAAGACAUUUCUUCACAGAAAUCAAGAAGACAAUUGAGGUUGAAUGCAAUACGGCGCACAGACUAGACGGAGACGAUCAUAAUUAAUACUCGUGUUUGCAGUGCACACUUCAUAUCAGGUAAAAUAAUCUAUGCAUAUGUACUGUUGUGUUGGUUUUAUCUAGUACAAAUCAGCAAGUUUCUGUUUUAUUGGUGAAAAGUCGCCAACCGCGCUAUUGUUUAGCUUAAAUGUUAAACAAACAUACAGCGAUAGAUGUGUAUGCCAUCGUUUGAAUAGUCUCUUAAAAUAAUCCACAUUGCUAAUCAUAGUUAGCCCAGUGAUAGGUUACAUAAGACACUAAGCCUAGACAAAAUUACCCAAACCACCUGAAAGUAAUUCAUAUGUUGUCUAUGAAAUAUCUAAAACCUGGUUAAAAUCGCAAGAGUUAAUUUACAAAAAUACCUGUCACGGUCCCGCAGAAUCAGUGACUGUACAUAUUCGGACAGAUCCGAAACUAAUUCUGCAUCCAUGUUUAAUAAAUCCCUCCUAAAACAUGCUCGUUUAAGCUUGUCAACAUAGCCUCUGCGGCUCUUUCUGCCUCCAGCUAAGCCCCGCCCACACAAAUACGUCACAAUGUUUACCAACUGUAAAAGGGUCUAUAGGUUCUGAAGAGAACUAAAGUAUUUGUAUUCAUGAUUUGUACUAUGUUGUUUACAAUAAAUGGCUCCUUUGCUGAUAAGAUCUAAUUGAAAGGAUCUAUAAAUUGUAUGCAGUAACACAUUUUCAUGGUUAAAUAAACCAUUGUGCUAUUAAUAUGUUGGCAUGUAGUCAUAGCAGACUUUUUAUUACUUAAAUACAUAUGGGUGAUUCUCACAAAAUUAGACUUGUGAGGUCAUUAAACAUUUUAAAAAGUAAAUGCAAAGUAUGAGUAUCAAAAUUAAGCAUACGGUUACAAACAUCUCAUCAUGUACUAUUUUGCACAUGAUUUC